GGGAAUUGGAUUUGGAUAAGGACCCAGAUCUGAAAUAUCUUGGAGCUGAAGUGGUCCUUUGUGGAGAACAAGGUUUGGGUGUUUCUCAGAAAGUUUGUAGCUUUUGUUGUUUUUGUAUCAUCAGUGAUUAGAAAAUUUGAGUUUUUGAUUAUUGGAGAUUGUUACUAUAUCUGGAGUGUUUGAUUGGUUUACUCAGUUCCAGUUUGAUCACAUUGUUUAAGGUUUAUAAAAGAGAUAAGAUUAUUCGUUAGAGGUGGGUGGUUUCUUUGUGAAUAUUUGGAAUUGGGUUUUGUUAUAGGGUGUGAUUUGUUGGUGGGUGUUUGUGAAAGUUUGAAUCUUUGGGAGGUUGGGGACUCUUUUUUGUUGAGCUAUGGAUGCAGGGUCACAUGAUGUCCAAGGUAGCAGUGUGGUGUUGGGUGGGGUUGAUCAGAAUACCCUUGAGAAAUCAAGGAAUUCUGUUGUUUGGUCAGUUGUUGAGUCUGUCAUUGUUGAGGCGGCCACUGCUAUUCGAAAAACUGAAGAUUUGAAGGCAUUAGGUGGUGAGUUAGGGUCUAAUAAGGCAGUAGGUGCAGAAGCGGUUGAGAGACUGAAUGAUAAGGAGGCAUGUGAGCAGCGUAAUAGUAGUGAUGUUUCGGGUCAUGCUGAGCUUGGAACUAGUAAGAAUUCAAGCAAUUUGGCUAAUGGAAAUGUGUCUGGGAGUGUGGUUGUCAUCGACUCUGGUGAGGCUUCUCGUGCUACUGGAGAUGAUGGAAGAUUGGGUGUAGAGGGUGAUGAACUGGGGUCAAAUAAGGUGGAUGAGCCAAAGAUGAAGGUGCCUGAGAAAGAGAGUGAUUUACAUGUGAUUAAUAUCAAGUGUGAUGAAAUGGGGUCGAGUAAGGUGGAAGAGUCAAAGAUGAAGGUGCCUGAGGCAGAGAGGGAUUCACAUGUGAUAAAUAUCAAAUGUGGGAGUCGUAAAGGAUUUGGUGAUAAUUGGGAGGGGGAAAGUGUUUGUAGGAUUUGCCAUUUAAGUUCUGAUCAAUCACCGGACAGAAAAACAGAAAGUAGUUCUUAUUCUGUCUCGAUGGAUUUAAUUCAUCUUGGCUGUGGGUGUAAAGAUGAAUUAGGCAUUGCACAUGCUCAUUGUGCUGAAGCAUGGUUUAAGCUAAAAGGAAACAGAAUGUGUGAAAUUUGUGGUGAGAAUGCAAAAAAUGUUACAGGUCUUGGGGAUAACAGAUUUUUGGAGGAGUGGAAUGAAAGAAGGUUUUCGGGUCUCGGCGCGAACACAUCAGAAAGGAAUGUAGGAUGUUGGCGAGGACAGCCAUUUUGCAAUUUUUUAAUGGCAUGCCUGGUAAUAGCUUUUGUGCUGCCAUGGUUUUUUCGUGUAAAUAUGUUCUAGUCAGGUUGAUACGAACAUCAGGGCACCUGCCUUAGUUUGCAAACCGGCAAUUAUAGCUACUGUGUUGUGUGGAUUCUUGCAACACAAUGUGGCGCAUUGAAAGGGAUUUGUCUCGUUUUCCAUACUUGUAGACAUGCUCCAGGUUUCUGCAUUAGGCGCCGAAGCUCUGAAGUUUCAGAUUACAGGAGUUGUCAUCUCGAUAUUUAGGACUGUAGCUAGUUGCUGCAUUCCUGUUUUGUAACAAUUUGCUGCGUUAUUUCAGUACGAGUGGAGAUACUCUUAGAUUCUUCUUAUAGGUUUUUGCUUAAAUCUUCAUGUAGGAAUUAGGAGUAAAAUUUGUCAAAUCAUAUUCCUUGGAGCUACCUUAAAAAGUUAAAAUAUUGGCAUCAUUGUUGUACACUCCGUAGAAAACAGAAAUAAAGUGAAUGCCGGUAUCGGUUUAUGAUGUUUGUUAUUUGAAAAUGCUACACACGAUUUCGUUAUUUUGCAUGUUGAUUUGGGAAAACAAAGUAUACUAGACCAGG